AUGAUAGAGCUAGCAGCUCCAAUAAUAGAUCCCUUUAUAGCGAACACUUUCCGCAUCGUCUGCUUGUUAUUUGUGGCGGAAGUAGUCGGGGUUUGUGGGAUAAUGACAAAUGUAAUUAACAUACUAGUGUUCAGGGGACAGGGUUAUCAAGAUGGCGUGAACAUCACCCUAACUGCCCUGGCGGUCAGCGACAUCGGUGCCCUGAUUUCUCAACAGAUUUACAAUCUGCUGCUGAUUCCAAUGAUUCAAGAAACUGAUCUAGUCAUCCUAAAAAGUCAUCUGGGCGUUCUGGUCAUCUACGUGAAUGAGUACUUCGUCAGAGUGAGCAGCUUGGUGACGUCUUUUGCCUCUGUGGAGAGGUGUGUUUGUGUGGUGAUGCCCUUAAAGGUCAAGAGCAUCAUCACCAGAAAGGUCGUUUUCACGGUCAAUGUAACCAUCUUCUUAGUUCUCUCCCUUUACUUGUUCCCGCCGUACUUUUCCAUUUACCUUGGCCUUAAGGUAAUCCCAGGUUGGAACAGAACAGUGCUGUCCAUCUUCUAUCAGAGCUAUGGCGAGAGCGUCCUGAGGCUCUCCUACAACUUCACAGACCUCUUGCUUCCUUACGGCACCUUCCUGAUUCUCAUCUUAUCUGCGGCGACCAUAUUCUUCCAGCUGAAAGCCAAGGCCAAGUGGAGACAGUCCAUCUCAAGUGAAUCUCUGCAGAGCGGCAAGAGCGUCGCGCCAUUCAAGGAGAGAAAGUCGGUCGUGAUGCUGAUGACGGUAUCCAUCGUCUGCGUGCUGCUGGUUCUGCCCAAGUCUCUGAUGCUGACGGUCGGUGGAGUAGUUAGGGAGAUGAAGAUGGAUGGGGCCUACAAGGAUAUCACCACCAUCGUCUACUCCUUCACGUCAUUGCUGGAAACCAUCAACAGCAGCAUCACCAUCUUUAUCUACUAUAGAAUGAGCACAAAGUAUCGAACGGAAUUUCAGAAAUUCUUUUCCGUUUUUAAAAAAUAG